CCAUCAACGUGCUGGGUCUGACAUGGCAGCUGAAGCCCUCCGACGGCCCUGUGUUAAACAACGGACUGGGAGCUGGCCUGCCUGUCAACAGCGAUGUGGCCACGCUGCCCUCUGGAGGCAGAGUUUCUUUUCCCCUCACUCCAGGUUCGUGGGCAGGCCGGAACAGCAGUAUAGACACGGGCACCAUCGAGGUCGGGAGGCGAGUGACCCAGGAAGUCCCACCGGGCGUGUUUUGGAGGUCUCUGCUCCACCUCAGCCAACCCCAAUUCCUCAAGUUCAACAUCUCCCUCGGAAAGGAUGCCCUCUUCGGAGUGUACAUCCGCAAGGGCCUGCCUCCCUCACACGCACAGUAUGACUAUAUGGAGCGCCUGGACGGGAAGGAGAAGUGGAGCGUGGUGGAGUCUCCGCGGGAGAGGAGGAGCAUCCAGACGGUGGUCCUCAACGAGGCGGUGUUCGUCCAGUACCUGGACACCGGCGCCUGGCACCUGGCCUUCUACAACGACGGGCGGGAGAGAGAGACGGUUUCCUUCAGCACAAACAUCAUGGAUUCAGUGCAAGAGUGCCCGCGCAAUUGCCAUGGUAACGGAGAGUGUAAUUCUGGCGUGUGCCACUGCUUCCCAGGAUUCCACGGCAUGGACUGCUCCAAAGCGGCGUGCCCGGUGCUAUGCAGCGGCAACGGUCAAUACGACAAGGGCUCCUGUGUGUGUUACAGCGGCUGGAAGGGCCCCGAGUGUGACGUCCCCUUCACGCAGUGCAUCGAUCCGCUCUGCAGCAGCCACGGCUCCUGCACCGACGGCAACUGUGUGUGUUCCAUCGGCUACAAAGGACAGAGCUGUUCCCAGGUGGAUUGCCUGGAUCCGACAUGUUCCAACAAUGGUAUCUGUGUGAAUGGGGAGUGCCACUGUAAGCCGGGCUGGGGGGGGCUUCACUGCGAGCUGCCCAGGGCCCAAUGCCCAGACCAGUGCCACGGACACGGGGCCUUCAUACCGGACACCGGGCUCUGCAGCUGUGACCCUAACUGGAUGGGACCCGACUGCUCUAUGGAGGUGUGCUCAGUGGACUGUGGCACCCACGGAGUGUGUAUGGGCGGAGCUUGUCGCUGUGAGGAGGGCUGGACGGGCGCGAGCUGCGACCAGCGUGUGUGCAACCCGGUCUGUAUCAAACACGGAACCUGCAAGGACGGCAAGUGCCAGUGUCACCAGGGCUGGAACGGAGAGCACUGCACCAUAGACCAUGGGAGCAUGGUAGACAAAGCAGACGGCUGUCCUAACUUGUGUAACGGGAACGGCCAGUGCACCAUGGGACAGCAGAGUUGGCACUGUGAAUGCCAGACAGGCUGGAGGGGCCCAGGAUGCAGUGUUGCCAUGGAGACCUCCUGCGCCGACAACAAGGACAACGAAGGAGAUGGACUCACAGACUGCAUGGACCCAGACUGCUGCAUCCAGAGUCCCUGCCAGAACAGCCCGCUGUGCCGCGGCUCCCGGGACCCCCUCUUGGUCAUCCAGCAGAACCCCCUGUCCCAGCCACGCGUCCGCUCCUUCUACGACCGCGUCAAGAUGCUCGUGGGACGGGACAGCACCCAUAUCCUCCCUGGGGAAAACCCUUUCAACUCCAGUUUGGCAUCUCUGAUCCGGGGUCAGGUGUUGACUACAGAUGGAACCCCUCUGGUUGGGGUGAACGUGUCUUUUGUCAACUAUCCCCACUACGGAUACACGCUGACACGGCAGGAUGGAAUGUUUGACCUGAUAGCUAACGGUGGUGCGUCACUGACUCUGCGGUUCGAGCGCGCCCCCUUCCUGAGCCAGGAGCGCACCGUGUGGCUGCCCUGGAGCCAGUUUUAUGCUAUGGACACUCUGGUGCUUAAGACAGAAGAGAACACGAUCCCGGGCUGUGACCUGAGCGGCUUCGUCAGGCCUGACCCUCUUGUGAUUGCAUCCCCUCUCUCCUCCUUCUUCAGCUCCAAGCCAGGGGAGAAACCCAUCAUACCGGAGACACAGGUGCUGCAUGAGCUGAUCGAGGUGCCCGGCUCGAGUCUAAAGCUGUGCUACCUAAGCUCCAGGACUCAGGGUUACCGCUCCCUGCUCAAGGUGACCAUGACCCCAGCGGUGGUGUCCAUGGGCCUGCUGAAGGUUCAUCUCAUGGUAGCAGUGGAGGGCCAUCUUUUCCAGAAGUGGUUCCAUGCCUCGCCCAAUUUGGCCUACACCUACAUUUGGGAUAAGACCGACGCAUAUGGGCAGAGGGUCUACGGGCUAUCUCAAGCUGUUGUGUCUGUGGGCUAUGAAUACGAGUCCUGUGCCAAUCUCAUCCUCUGGGAGAAGAGGACAGCCCUUCUGCAAGGCUACGAACUGGAUCCCACCGGUCUGGGCGGCUGGUCACUCGACAAGCAUCAUAUACUCAACACACGCAGUGGCAUCCUUCACAAGGGAAGUGGUGAGAACAUCUUCGUGACCGAGCAGCCCCCGGUGGUCCUCAGCGUCAUGGGAAACGGACGGAGGCGCAGUAUCUCCUGCCCCAGCUGUAACGGCCUGGCAGACGGCAACAAGCUGCUGGCACCGGUCGCCUUGGCAAUGGGCACCGAUGGUAGCAUAUAUGUCGGGGAUCUCAACUUUGUGCGAAGGGUCUACCCAUCUAUGAACACAACUGGCAUCCUGGAAUUAAGGAACAAAGAUUUCAGACACAGUAACAACCCGACCCAUAAGUACUUCCUGGCAGUGGAUCCAGUAUCUGGGGCUUUGUUCAUCUCGGACACUAACUCGCGCAGAAUUUAUCGCGUGCGCUCAUUAACGGGAGGCCGCCUGCUGUCGGACAAUGCAGAGGUGGUAGCUGGGACUGGGGAGCAGUGCCUGCCAUUUGAUGAGCGCUGCGGGGACGGAGGCAAAGCCACUGAAGCUACACUUAUGAGCCCCAAAGGUGAGCCACUGGCAAAAACUCUAAGGAAUUAA